AUGGGUAGAUCACAUAAAGGAAAAGAUAAAUUUAAAAAAGUAGCGAAUCUAAAAGAGUACAAUGGUGGCUCGUUGUUUGUUUCAUGGCGUCGUGGUAAUUCAAAGCUACAAGGAGAGACAUCGCAUGUCAUCGUCAGAAAUGCAGAGGCAACCUUUGAAGAGAAGAUCACUUUCGAAUCGAAAUUCUUUAUCGAUUCGAAAUCACAGAAGCCUGACGAGAAGAAGUUCUCAAUGACUCUAAAGGAGGAAAAGAAAAAGUCGUCGUCUGGCAAAGUACUCGGAAAGAUCGAACUUGAUCUCACAUCCUACAUGAACUACAAAUCAACGCAACCAGUCAAUCUUUCUUUCUCAAAGGGUAUUAAACCUGAACCAAUAUUGACAUGUACUUUUAAUACAAUUCCACUUAAAUAUAACGAUAAACCAUUGGUAAAGGUGCUAAACAAGGAAACAUCAUCGAAGGAUCCAAGAUUGGUAAAGACAAUCUCGGGUGAAGAUUACUUUUUGGACAAGACAGACUCUGCUUCCGAUACAUCUGUAGAUCACUCACAAUCUUCUGAUAUUUCAUUUAAUGAUUCAUUUGGUGAUGAUGAUCCUAACGAUGAUUUAGGAGAAUCAAAGAAAGAGUUGAGAGCACAGAUAGACCAGUUGACAAAAGAGAGGGAUCUAGCAGACAACGAAGCAUUCGAGAGACUUCAGAAAAUGAAAGAAAUGGAGACUGAAAUUGAAAAUCUAAAGAAACAAUACAAAAUAUUACAAGAGGAUAUCGAUUACAAAGAGAAGCUAAUCGAAUCGAUUCAAAAUGAAAAAGAUAAUUUAAUCAACCAACAACUUAUUGAAUCAUCAAAAGCUUUAAAUAGUAGUAAUGGAAUGUCAGAGAUUGAAGUAAUUAAACAAGAAAAGUUGGAAAAGAUGACAAUCAUUGCUAAUCAGGAGAAGGAGAUUGCAAAGUUGAAGAAGCAGGUGAAGCAGAGUCAGUUGUCAAAUAGCGAGUUGGGAUCGUUGACAGGUGCCGAUAUUCGUAGUAAAUAUACAUCGUUGCAACAGGAGAACGAGGAGAUGGAAAAGACAAUCGCAAAGCUCGAGAAAGAGAUCUCACAGAUGCAAGAGAAACUCAGUGUUGGUAUCAUACCGACAAGCAAGAAGAACGAUGCCUUCAAUGGAAACAACAGUAGCAAUGAGAUUGGUGUGGUCACCACCAAGUCUGGUGGAUCGGUCGACGAACUUCGUCGUCAAUCGCAAUCAUACAAACAGGAGCUCGACGAGAAGACACUGGUCGAGCGAACUAUCUUCUUGGCGGAACCACAAUUCAAAGGAAAUCUAGCAGUCUCUGGUAUUCACUUGUUCGACGGUCUUGUUGCACAAGGCAUUCUCAAGGACAACAAGAGCGGAACACGUUUGUUUUCAUCGAUUGGAAUAGCACUUGAGACAACACUGAAGAAGUGUACUAACGAUAAUAACCUGCUAGCCUAUUGGCUGUCUACGAGCUGUCUGUUGCUCGCCAAGAUUGAGGCGGCACAACAAGCCAGCUCCGACGACAAAGCCGGACUCUCGCCAAUCAGCAGUUUCGAAUACCAGCUGAAAGCCACCAUCUUCAAAUUCUACUCACGUCUUAUUCACAAUACAUAUGCACGCAUUUCACCCAUCCUAAUGAAAUCCAUUUUACAACAUGACAUUCACGCAUUCAAUAGCGGUCGACUUCAAAAGCGAAAAUCGGCACCGGACAUUCCAUCGCUCACCGCACUCAAAACACUGAUGAAUGGAACCAGCAGUAGUCCUGCAAUUCUAUCACCAUCUACAUCGAAACCAAACUCAACUGGUAGUGCUGCAUCAAACAACAACAACAACAAUAAUAACAGUUCAAUUCGUCAUAAUCAGUUCAACAGUAAUUCACUAUUAGAUAUUCUACAGGAGUUCUAUGAAAUCCUUAGACACAACUAUGUUCACGCCAAUCUUAUCACACAAUUCUUCUCACAGAUAUUCUUUUACACGAAUGCACUGCUACUCAACAGUCUCAACUCGAUCAAUGGAUUGUGUAGCACUGCCAAUGGUUUCCAAAUGAGAAUCGAACUCUCAAAGAUUCAAGACUGGGUUGCACUGGUCAAUCUUGAGGAAUCGAUCGUUCAACUCCAACAGAUGUUUGAAAUCACCAACCUGCUUGUUAUGGACAAGAAAUUGGUAUCCGACGCAGACGUACUGGAGCAAGUGAUUGCAUCACUACAACCACACCACGUACGUCAUAUCCUAACACUUUUCCAAACCGAUCAGAUCAACGGUGAUCCAAUACCAUCGGGUGUAAUGAAGGCAAUCGAACACAUCAUCGCCAAGAGUGGCGAACAACAACCGGAAACCUAUGAUAUCGAUCUCACAUACAUGAACCAACUCUCAUUGGACUUCCUCAAGGAUUCAAGCUAUCGUGCAUCUGAUAGACGUGAAAUUGGUAGAACUAAUACUAGUAAUAGUUUAUUAAAAAGAUAG